AGAGGCUGUGGAAGAGAGGCUUAGCCGUAGCGCUCUCCGGGCAGAAAAAGUUUCUUGGACAGAUAAAAUGACUGAAGAUCUACUUAAUAGAAUGGAGGAGGUAACAAAUAUUUCGAAAGGGUGACCAUGGAAGGACUUGAUUUUUUAUGGGCUGCGCAAUACUCAACUAAAUUGGAAGUGGAAACACCUGAAACGUUCCCCCAAAGGAAAGUAUGCUGAGAGAGUUGCAGCUUUGGUUCGAAAGGAAGUACAGGGGGCUGUUUCGUCGGAGUUGCAGCAGCCCUUGAGCUUGACGACGAACCAGCAAAUGAAGAAGUUGUCACCUAAACGGGCAUUAAGGAGUCUCAUAGUUGGACUCGCCAACUUAGGGAACUCCUGCUUCCUGAACGUGAUAUUGCAGUGUUUUUCAAACUGCUAUCGUAUAACAAGCGUUGUUGAUGAUAUGCAUUGCAUAGGAGGAUGUGGUGAUGAUGCGUGUCUGGUUAAGGGACUAUAGAGUCAUUUUCGAGAUUGCAAGGGUUCUUCUGGAGCUGCUAUACGUCCUCGGUGGUUUUUUGAAAACUUGAUGAUAUCUUUAAAGCUUCCGGUAAAGUCGGGACGCAACAUGAUGUUGAAGAGUUUUUUCUCUGUUUGUUGGAGAGACUUUUGGUGUGCAGCCCUGAUGUAAGGGAGAAAAUUUUCCAGGGUGUUUGGAUGAGCAAGGUGGAAUGUUCAAACUGUCAUCACAAGUCGUCUCAAGAAGAACAUUUUCAUCACAUCAGUUUAGGAGCUGCCGAGUCCCUACAAAGCUUCUUCGAUGGUGGAAAUGUUGCGGAUUAUAGAUGUGAACAGUGUCAAAUGGUUGGAGUCACAUCCAAGGAGGUUCGUCUCCAAGUUGCACCCACAAUUGCAGUCUUGCAAUUCAAAAUUUUUGAGAAGGAAGAAGGCUGUCCCUCCAAGAAGAUUCCACAUUACGGAAGCUUUCAAACUGUGAUGGACUUGACUCCUCAUUCUACAAACAAGACGGUUCAUCUCAAAUACAACCUUUAUGGGGUUGUUGUCCACCUUGGUGAAACUCUUGAAGGUAGUCAUUACAUAUGUUUCAUCAAAUCCAUGGGCAAAUGGCACCAGAUCAGUGACCAACUGGUGGAAGAGACUGAUGAGGAAGUGGUGUUGGAGCAAGCAGCAUAUAUUCUGUUCUAUGAGAGAGAUGAUAGGGAGUAAUGAGAGAGAGAUGAUAGGGAGUAAUGAGGAGAGUAAUGAGUAUUAGGUUGACAUUGGCUUUUUGUUUCGUUGAAUAGUGGAGUGGGGUUCUAGUGCCCACAAAAUACAAACAUGAAUCUGCAGUACAAAUCAGAAUACAAAGAGU